AUGACGCUGUACGUUUUUUUAGCCCUUGUGGCAUUCUCUUGCAUUUGUAAGGCGAAGCGUAUAGAGAAUCCUCAGAAGGAGUUUAUGGACAGAUUUGACAUAACCAAGAAUCACAUAAACAUAACAUGGUCUACAAAUGGUGUGCUAGGAACAGGGGACUAUAAAUAUGAUAUAGAUGAUGAAGAAAAUGCCAACUCUAAGCUUAGCACACAGAAUAUGGCAGGAACCUGCCCAAACCAUGAAGUCCACGGAAUGUACAAGGGUAGCUGUCCGGAUUAUGGGAAAACAUUCGUAAUGGAUUUAAAUGGAGAUGAGUAUAAUGAAGAUUUUUUAAACGAAAUUAGUUUCGGUUUGUUAAACAAGAAAUUGAAUCUUUCAAUAGAAAUUCCAGUAGAGAAAAGUGGGAUGGCCAUGUACCAAGGUCUUUUUAACCGUUGUCCUUUGGACGAAAAUCAUAAUUUGCUGAUAAGGAAGGAACAAGUAUAUGAUAUGUGUUUUAGACGAAUUUACAGACAUACGCAAUUCGCUGGAAGAAAUAAAAAACGUACGUUGAGGAAUGAAUAUUUACACUUUGGAUGGCACGGAUUAGGAGGUCGAUUUGGCUCCAAUAUAAAUUACCCUGUACAUGAUUAUAAUCCUUCGGAAAGUCAUGUGACCAGAAAAAUGAGUUUCCCAGGUUUAAUAAAAGAUUUGUCGGACUGUUCUAUUUAUUCCCAUUGUAUGGGUCCAUGUUUUCACAAAGAUUUUGAUAACGAAUGUUUUCGCAGUUUACCUGUCGUUUUUAACCACAGAACAAAGGAGUGCGUUAUUCUAGGUACACAUGAGGAAAAUAGAAGAAGAAAUUGCUUGUCUGAAAAUUCAUAUGGUUUUGAAAGAUGUUUUGUGCCAAUAAAAAAGGAAACCGGGAAAGAAUGGACCUACGCAUCGUCAUUUUUGCGUCCAGAUUAUGAGACAAAAUGCCCUCCAAGAUUUCCAUUAAAUGAUACAGUAUUUGGGUACUACAAUGAUAAAAGUGGUGAAUGCAAAUCUGCUGUAAGGAAUGACAAUGAGAGUUAUAAAUCAACUUUGAAAAGUUGUAUUGAAGGACUGUUCAAUCAUCCUGAGAGAGAUAGCGAAACUCGCAGAGACAAUUUCCUAUGGGGGGUUUGGGUUUUGGAGGAUAGUUCCAAAAAAUUAAAUUCCAUGAAUGACAUUGGAAUGUGUUCUAUUUUGAACAAGAAACCAAAUUGUGUCUUGAAAAAGGAAAACCACUAUUCCUUUACGAACCUGACAGCGAAUUCUUUUGAUUUGGAGCAAAAUGUAACGUAUCCAGAGGUGGAGGAGAUGCAAGAACAGGAUGAUGAACUGAGUAAAUUUGGAAAAACCGCAUCGGAAGGAAUAGUAAAAAAAACAGAUUUGAGCGAAAUGGAUAAGAGGACGAAAAAAGCGCAAAACGAAGAUAAUGAAGCAGAUCACAUUUUGGAAAAGAACAGGAAAACAAAAAUAAAUGCACACACAGGAUUAAGCAUGAUAAAUCUUAACUAUAAGUUUUCCGUGCAAAAGAGUCACGAAUCAGCACAUUCAAAUAAGGAGGAUUCUAUUUUUAGAAGUAAGGGUGAACCUAUAAGUCAAAUGCUUGAACUGAAUCAGUCUUCGAGAAGUUAUUUGCAUAAUCCAGGUAUUCGUGGUAGGGGAAGACACCACAUUAUGUAUGUGAACUCUCGGACAGUAGGUAACGCAUCAGCUUCUCAGAAUGGAGCAAACAUCAAUUCCGUAUUGUCUAAAAAUCCUCAAGCUAGAUUUAUGGAAAGAUUCGAUAUUCCCAAAAAUCACAUUUUUAUCAAUUGGAAAAAGGAAGGAAAUUUGGGGGAGGGUAAUUUCAAGUAUGAUGUUUUAUUGAAUAAAACUGCUGGUACGGCUCAGUCAUUAUUAAUUGAUAAUUAUAAUGACGUGUGUCCAAAUCAUUCAAUUCCAGGAAGAGCUCAAGGAAGUUGCCCUAACUAUGGCAAAGCUAUCAUUGUUGAAACACUUGAAGAUAAGAAUAAAGAUGCUCAUUUUAAUUUCCAAUUUUUAAAUGAAAUACAUACUGGGUAUAUGGGGAGAAUAAGCAGACGUAGUGUCGAACUUCCAUACGAUAAAAGUGGAAUUGCUAUGCAUCAUGGUUUUCCAGCAUCGUGUCCAAUAAAUAGACAAGAGGAAAGGUUGUUUGAAGAAAUGGAUGAUUACAAUUAUGAUAUGUGCAAGUCUACCGUGUUUUCAUCUCCGUUCUCCAUGAAGGAAUGGGAUCGCAAAAGGCAUUCAUUUAAAUAUUAUGGCCUUUAUGGUUUGGGCGGUCGAUUAGGUUCGAAUGUUUCAAAUUAUGGACCAAAUGUAAAAAGAGGUGAACAGCGUACAAGUAACAUAACCCUACCAAUGAAAAACCCAGGGUUAAUAAAAAACUUGUUCGAUUGCUCUAUAUACUCGUAUUGUUUAGGACCCUGUAUUGAAGACACGUACAAAAAUAAAUGCUUCCGCAAUUUACCAGCUUAUUAUAAUCACACAACAAAUGAAUGUGUCAUACUUGGUACACAUGAACAGGAAAGAACCAGUAACUGCAGAAAGGAAAAAAAUGACUUAAGUAAACCCAACUGCCAAAAGAUUAGAAAAACCUCAGAUUCGAAGGAUUGGACAUAUGUUACAUCAUUUAUUAGGCCUGAUUAUGAAGAAAAAUGCCCACCUAGAUUUCCUCUGAAUUCCAAAAGUUUUGGAAUCUACGAUGAACGAACAGGAAAGUGCAAAAGUCUCGUUGAAAAGAAAAAUUUCAUUAGUAUUCAAAAUUUCGACGCCUGUUUAGAAUAUGUGUUUAUCACCUCUCCAAAAGAUUUAUAUAGUAGUAUGAUGGGCAAAUAUUGGGGGGUUUGGAUUGCAAAUGAGCCGGUUAAUAAGGAUAAUAUGUUUACGGUUAGUGGGGAAUGCUACUAUAUACUUCGAAGACCAACUUGCGUCAUACACAAAGAGAACCAUUUUUCAUUCACAUCUCUCACAACAAAUGACAUUGAUUUUUAUCAAAACUUGAACAUAGAACCUGUGGAAGAAUUAAUUGGGCAGAGAGAUAUAAUCGGUUCAUCUAAGCAGGGUAUCAAUAAUAGAAGGGCUUACGCUAGGAAGCAGCUAGCGGAAGACAAGGCGCUAAAUCCAUCAGAUAUUCAUUCCAGUGCUAUGAAUGACAGGCGUGCAGCAGAGGCGAAGGAAAAUGAAGAAAAAAUAAGGGCAGAAGAAGCAAGAAGGGUAGAGGAAGCUAAACAGGCCGAAGAGGCUAGGAAAGCGGAACAGGUUAGAAAGGAGGAAGAAGCUAGGAAAGCUGAAGAGGCUAGGAAGGCAGAAGAGGUUAGAAAGGCAGAAGAGGCUAGGAAAGCUGAAGAGGCUAGGAAAGCUGAAGAGGCUAGAAAGGAGGAAGAAGCUAGGAAAGCUGAAGAGGCCAGGAAAGUUGAAGAGGCUAGAAAGGAGGAAGAAGCUAGGAAAGCUGAAGAGGCCAGGAAAGUUGAAGAGGAGGAAGAAGCUAGGAAAGCUGAAGAGGCCAGGAAAGUUGAAGAGGCUAGAAAGGAGGAAGAAGCUAGGAAAGCUGAAGAGGCCAGGAAAGUUGAAGAGGUUAGAAAGGCAGAAGAGGCUAGGAAAGCGGAAGAGGCCAGGAAAGUUGAAGAGGUUAGAAAGGCAGAAGAGGCUAGGAAAGCUGAAGAGGCCAGGAAAGUUGAAGAGGCUAGGAAAGCUGAAGAGGCCAGGAAAGCUGAAGAGGCUAAGAGGGUUGAAGAGGCUAGGAAAGCGGAACAGGUUAGAAAGGAGGAAGAAGCUAGAAAGGAGGAAGAAGCUAGGAAAGCUGAAGAGGCUAGGAAGGCAGAAGAAGUUAGAAAGGAGGAAGAAGUUAGAAAGGCAGAAGAAGUUAGAAAGGCGCAAGUGGCCAGGAAGGCGAAAGAGGCCAAGAGGGCGGAAGAAUUUAGGAAAGCACAAAGGGUUAGAAAGGCGGAAGAGGCCAGGAAAGCUGAAAAGAUUAGAAAGGCAGAAAUGGCUAGGAAAGCGGAACAGGCUAGGAGAGCGGAAGUGGCCAGGAAGGCUGAGGCGGUUAGACAGGCGGAGGAGGCUAAGAGGGUUGAAGAGGCUAGCAAAGCGGAACAGGCUAGAAAGGAGGAAGAAGCUAGGAAAGCUGAAGAGGCCAGGAAAGCUCAAGAGGCUAGGAAAGCUGAAGAAGUUAGAAAGGCAGAACAAGUGAGAAAGGCAGAAGAGGCUAAGAGGGUUGAAGAGGCUAGGAAAGCGGAACAGGUUACAAAGGAGGAAGAAGCUAGGAAAGCGGAACAGGUUAGAAAGGAGGAAGAAGCUAGGAAAGCGGAACAGGCCAGGAAAGCUGAAGAGGCUAAGAGGGUUGAAGAGGCUAAGAGGGUUGAAGAGGUUAGACAGGCUGAGAUUAAAAGGGCUGAAGAGAUUAGGAAGGCAGAAGAGGCUAAGAAAGUUGAAGAAGUUAGAAAGGCAGAAGAAGUUAGACAGGCUGAGGUUAAAAGGGCUGAAGAGGCUAGAAAGGCAGAAGAGGUUAGACAGGCUGACAUUAAAAGGGCUGAAGAGGCUAGAAAGGCAGAAGAGGUUAGACAGGCUGAGAUUAAAAGGGCUGAAGAGAUUAGGAAGGCAGAAGAGGCUAGGAAAGCUGAAGAGGCAAAGAAAAAAGUCGCGCAUGAAAGUAAAGGCGUGGAUGAAAAGGAUGCUAGCAAGACCAAGGAUUUAUUUUCGAAUAAGGCUAUAAGUAUUGAACAAGAAAAAAAAGGUAAUUUAAUAUUGGAUGACAAUAAAAAGACUGAGGGUUCCGCGAGGAACGGAGUUGUUGAUUCAUCUAAUAACAACAGGGAAGAGUCAAAGGAGUUUCAAAAGCAUGAGUUCAAUAACAAUAAUACUUCUGCUGAAAAUGGGAAUUCUCAAAAUAAUUCGAAUCCAGAAGCAUAUAAUAAAGAAAAUUUCGAAGAGGAAGUUGAAGAAGCGAAAAUGAUAAAGCAGGUUGACGAUAAGGAUAUGAGGUCUGAGAUUCCAAACAGUAAUUAUGCACCCAAGAAUUAUGAAUCCAGACAUGAUAAAUUAGAUAAGGAUGAAUAUAUAAAGAGAGAUGCUAAAAAAACGCGGGAGGAGAUAAUAAGUUUAUCCCAAAAAAACCCAUGUACUGUUGAUAUAUCUUCAGAGUUUUGCGAUUAUAUGAGGGAAAGCAUAUCUUUUGGAAAUUGCUCUGAUGGAGAGAGAAAAGGACUGUGUUGUUCAAUUUCAAAUUAUUGUUUAAAGUAUUUUAGUUAUAGUUCAAAUGAAUAUUAUAAUUGCACGAACGAAGAAUUUGGUCACAAGGAUUACAAAUGUUUUCAGAAGAGUAAAAUUUCAAGUAUGUUGCGUUGA